AUGGCGGCAUGGAUUGACAUUGUCAGCAUAUGGCAGCCUGUAGAGAAUGUAAUUAUGGUUCGAUGGAUUGUCAAUGGCAUCCCUAGAGUUCCGUGGGAGGGCAAUGGUCGCUUUGAUGGCACCUCAGAGUAUAAGUUGGAUAAAAAUGGAAAGAUCUAUGAACAUAAGGUGGACAAUAUUGCCAGGAAUUCACCAACAAAGUUCAAGAUUUUAUUUACCAUUCCUGUCCGUUAUCGUGUAUUCGACUACAUUGUAUCGUUCCUGAUAUCCCGGAUUUCUUGUUUCUUUUUACCUGACCGACAUUCCUGA